UUCCGAGAGAAAAGCUCUGACUACCUUUCGGAAGGCUCUCAACGACCCUUCCAAUAUUCUCUCUUCAUGGGAUGAUGAUGCCUCUGACUGCUGCAAAUGGAGAGGAAUUACCUGCCACAACAUAACUGGAUUUCCUGGGUUCAAUGAAGGAGUUGAGGCAUUUGGACUUGUCAUGGGCAAGAUUCAGCGGGAGUAUCCCUCAUCAGCUUGGAAACCUCACUAAACUCAUUUCCCUGAAGCUUUCUUCAGCUUCUUUGAGUGCCAAAAACCUUUGGUGGUUGACAAGCCUACCUUCUCUCAAUUACCUCGACAUGUCUGAAGUGAACCUUUCCAUGGCAGGCCAUGAUUGGGUGCAUGUGAUGAACAAGUUUCCUUCCCUCGUUGAGUUGUACUUACCAGACUGUGGUCUUUCAUAUAUUUCUCCAACUCUUCCUUCUGUUAAUUUCACAUCUCUCCUUGUCCUUGAUCUCAGUUUUAACAACUUCAAGUCUACCAUUCCAAAUUGGAUAGCUAACAUUAGUAGCCUUGAGAUUUUAAAUCUCGCAAGGAGUCAGUUGAAUGGGAAUAUCCCUGCAGCUCUUGGAGGAUUGUCUUCCUUACAAGAAUUAUCUCUCCGUAGGAAUCAGUUGAAUGGGACAAUCCCAACAACUUUAGGACAACUUUCUAACUUGUAUUGGCUUGACCUAUCUAACAACUCCUUGACAGGAAAAGUGUCUGAAAGUGUUUUUGAAAACCUCAAAAAGUUGAGCUACUUAUAUUUGUCUUCCAAUUCUUUGGUUUUUGAUCCACACUCUGAUUGGGCCCCUCCAUUUCAGCUUUCUUACCUUGACCUAGGAUCAUGUCAUUUAGGUCCUCGAUUUCCUCCGUGGCUACGAACACAAAAAUAUGUAGGAUUAUUGGAUCUCUCUAACACAACCAUCUCUGGCAUCAUCCCCACCUGGUUUUGGGAUCUAACACCCCAACUUUUUUGGCUGAAACUUUCAAAUAACCAGAUUUUUGGCCAAUUGCCAAACCCUUUAAAAAUGUGGCCUCAGUCCCUGUACAUUGAUUUGAGUUCGAAUCAUUUCAGUGGUCCCGUACCCUGCAUAUUGAAUGGAGCCAGAGUACUUGAUCUCUCCAACAAUCAAUUUUCUGGGCCAAUCCCACCCAAUUUUACAUCCACAAUGCCGUAUUUGGAAUUCUUUUCUGCCAAAGGUAACCAAAUCAGUGGCACGAUUCCCUCAUCCAUAGAAGGAAUGAAUUCCUUGACUGCCCUUGACCUUUCUCAAAACAAUAUCGGUGGUAUCAUUCCAUUGAGUUUGGGUAAUUGUGUAGCCCUUAAGGCAGUUGAUUUGAGCAAAAACUGGUUAUCAGGAGAAAUACCUAGGUCCUUGGGUCAGUUGGAUCGACUCCAAACAAUGCACUUGAGCAACAAUAAACUAUCAGGAAAAAUCCCUUUGUCCCUGAAGAAAUGUGCUGCUUUGGAGACUAUGGACCUUGGAUACAACAAUUUAUCUGGUCACAUUCCUACUUGGAUUAGCAAAAGCUUUCCAACUUUAAGAAUUCUGCGCUUACGAUCCAAUAUGUUUAUUGGCAACAUCCCACCACAACUAUUAAACCUAACUUCUCUUCAACUCCUUGAUGUGGCACAAAAUUGUUUAUCUGGUUCAAUUCCUCAAAGUUUUGAAAAUCUCGUGGCCAUGAAGAAUGAGCAGAAGAUAAACCUCGUUCUUUCUUAUGGAGGGAUGGGAACAAUAUCAUAUUACAAGGAAAACUUGCUUGUGUCAGUGAAGGGGUUAGUGCUUGAAUACACAGCAACAGUUUCCCUGGUUACAUGCAUAGACCUUUCAAGAAAUAAUUUGUCCGGAGAGAUCCCUGAAGGACUCACAGGACUUUUGGGAUUGCGUGCUUUAAACUUAUCUGGAAAUCAUUUGACAGGAAAGAUCCCAGACAAGAUAGGUAAAUUGGCAUUGCUAGAGUCUCUUGACUUCUCUGAAAAUCAGCUUUCAGGUACAAUUCCUCUGAGCAUGUCAAAUUUAACUUUUCUAAGUUGCUUGAACUUGUCGUUUAACAACUUGUGGGGGAAAAUUCCAUCUGGAAAUCAGCUCCAGACAUUCCAAGAUCCUUCUAUUUAUAUGGGCAACAACGGACUUUGUGGACCUCCUCUUCUAGAUAAGUGUGUUAGCGACGAGACUCCUCCAGGUCUUGGUGACGUUGAAAAUGAUGAAGAAGAGGAUGAGAUGAGUUGGUUUUACUCUGGAUUGGGACCAGGAUUUGCAGUUGGGUUUUGGGCCUUAUGUGGCAUUUUAGUGCUCAAGAGGUCUUGGAGGAUUGUCUAUUACCGCUUCUUUGAUGAGAUGAAAGAUAGACUUUGUUUUAAUUGUCACUGUACAUGGAGCUUACAAACAGCGUAUUCUAUACUGAAACGCCUUCAGAGAUUUGGACAGAUCUUCAAGAACGAUUCUCUCAAGGACCUAACUUCGAAGAAGAUGAUUGGAUUGGGAAAGCAGUUUAAUGGCUUGUACUACUUUGUUCCUCCAGUGAAGUCUGCACCAACUUCCUUCUCUGUCACCUAUCAUUUGAUUCUACUACAAACCUUCCAUGAAAAUAUUGUUUCCCAACCUGAGAUAUUUGAAUAUAUCAUUGAUUCACCUCCACUUGCAACUCCUCCUAUUUCUUCAUCAUCCGAGAUCACUCAUUCAUCCUCUCCUUCUUCUUCUAUAUCUCCUGCUGCACUUCCUCUUUGCAGAAGAUAUUGGAAGGUGAGUGGUUGCUUCGAUUCCGAGAGAAAAGCUCUCACCACCUUUCGGAAGGCUCUCAACGAUUCCUUCAAUAUUCUCUCUUCAUGGGAUGAUGAUGCCUCUGACUGCUGCAAUUGGAGAGGUAUUACCUGCCACAACAUAACUGGGUUUGUUCUUAAACUCGACCUCCAUGUCAAGGACUCCCGCCUCGGACUAGGUGGCAGAAUUGAUCCAGCUCUGGUUCAACUGAAGCAUCUUCAGUUCUUGGACUUGAGCUCGAAUGCUUUUAAUGGCGCACCAAUUCCAGAUUUCCUGGGUUCAAUGAAGGAGUUGAGGCAUUUGAACUUGUCAGAUGCAGGGUUCAGCGGGAGAAUCCCUCGUCAGCUUGGAAACCUCACUAAACUCAUUUCCCUGAAGCUUUCUUCACCUUCUUUGAGUGCCAAAAACCUUUGGUGGUUGACAAGCCUACCUUCUCUCACUUACCUCGACAUGUCUUUUGUGAACCUUUCCAUGGCAAGCCAUGAUUGGGUGCACGUAAUGAACAUGUCUCCUUCCCUCGUUGAGUUGUACCUAUGGAACUGUGGUCUUUCAUAUAUUUCUCCAACUCUUCCUUCUGUUAAUUUCACAUCUGUCCGUGUCCUCGAUCUCAGUGAGAACAACUUCAAUUCUAGCAUUCCAAACUGGAUAGCUAACAUUAGUAGCCUCGUGUCCUUGUAUCUCUUAGGUAACAACUUUCAUGGUGAUCAGGUUCCUUAUCGAUUUUCACAACUUCCUAACUUGGAAGAGUUGGGGUUGGGAUCAACUGAUGAUAACCUCAGGGUUGAUUGGUCAGAGUUCCUUGAAGGCAGCUGGAGGAAGCUGAAGAUACUUCAUCUAUCUUUCAGUCAGCUGCAUGGAGGAAUCCCCAACUCUAUUGGGAAUAUUAUCUCACUUGAGUCUCUCUCUUUGUCAUUCAGUGAGAAUAUAACGGGUAGCAUUCCAAGAGCCAUAACUAAGCUUAUCAAUUUAGAGAUCCUGUCAUUGUACGGAUACCAAAUGCAUGCGGCCAUUCCUGAUUGCUUAUAUGAGCUAAAAAAUCUUAAAAGCCUUUCUCUAUCCGAUUGCAUGCUGACAGGCCCAAUCCCUGCAGCUCGUCUUGGAGGAUUGUCUUCCUUAGAAGAACUAGAUCUCUCAGGGAAUCAGUUGAAUGGGAAUAUCCCUGCAGCUCUUGGAGGAUUGUCUUCCUUGCUAUAUUUAUCUCUCCGUGGGAAUCAGUUGAAUGGGAAUAUCCCUGCUUCUCUUGGAGGAUUGUCUUCCUUGGAAGAAUUAAUUCUCUCGGGGAAUCAGUUGAAUGGAAAUAUCCCUGCAGCUCUUGGAGGAUUGUCUUCCUUGGAAUAUUUAGACCUUUCAGUGAAUCAGUUGAAUGGGAAUAUCCCUGCAGCUCUUGGAGGAUUGUCUUCCUUGCUAUAUUUAUCUCUCCGUGGGAAUCAGUUGAAUGGGAAUAUCCCUGCUUCUCUUGGAGGAUUGUCUUCCUUGGAAGAAUUAUUUCUCUCGAGGAAUCAGUUGAAUGGAAAUAUCCCUGCAGCUCUUGGAGGAUUGUCUUCCUUACGAGAUUUAUCUCUCCGUGGGAAUCAGUUGAAUGGGACAAUCCCAACAACUUUAGGACAACUUUCUAACUUGUAUUGGCUUGACCUCUCUCACAACUCCUUGACAGGAAACGUGUCUGAAAGUGUUGAGGUACUUAAUUUUGUCUUCCAAUUCUUUGGUUUUUGA